AUGAAAGCCCUGAUGAGUUAUUUAAACUCAAGCCAGCCCAACCCAGUAUUCUUAGAUACUCUUCAGGGAAAUGUGGCAAUGCAUGAGGAUGAUCAUCCCAAAAGCUCUGCUUCUUCAGGGAAGGAACCAAAGGAAACAAAAUGCAAAGUCACCAUGGAGAAAUUGUUUGAUCUGAAUACUAAGAUACUCCAACAAAUUCAAAUGCUGGAACAGAGACAAGCUGUCAUCAUGAAUGACUUGGCAAAAGUUAAGUCUGUUCUCAUGAAGCGGGCAGAAGAAGAUGCCCAUGAGGAACUUUUUAAACAACAACAGUGCUCCAGCUUUGAAACGUUUGAAGCCUUCUGUCAGAGGCUUGAAGAAGACAAAAAUUAUCGAGAGCUUUAUGUACACUAUCUCAUCUAUACUCACGGCAGCUCCAAUAUAGGUGAGAUGGUGAGACAGGCUUUAAAAAGCAUAGCGUCAGACAAUGUUCUCUGUCUGUAUAACAGAACGGGGAAAGAUGGGAAGAAGGUGUUGCCACCUGUGCUCCUGACAUGUUUGAAAAAAUGUGUCAGGUCUUUUCACAAACAAAAUGAAAUAGAGGUGAAGAAGCUAAAAGUAACCACCAGAACAACACCAGACGCGGAAUGUAUUCGCCAAGUAGAAUUUUUUUUGUCCAACGCCAACACCAGGCUGAAAAGGAAACCAAAUAAAAGAAAAAGCUGACUUUUUGUUUGAUUGUUUUUAUUGAUGGAAAUAAAGAAUGUGGGUGUAAAAGUUUGAGUUAACUGAAUCAUUUUAGAUAACAGUGAACUAACACAAUUAUUGCAUAGUGGUGUUAUAUGGUGAUCUCACAGUAUGAGCACACAGUGAUCACAGUAUGAGCACACAGUGAGUGCGCAGUGACCUCACAGUGACCACAGUAUGAGCACACAGUGACCACAGUAUGAGCACACAGUGACCACAGUAUGAGCACACAGUGAUCACAGUAUGAGCACAC